AUGCUUUCCACCACCACGAUCCUGCUUCUCACGCAGGACACACGUUUAGCCUUCACAAGCGUUUUCUCCCCGGCUUUGGUGAUCUGCCCUGGAGUGCUCCCCUCUGCUGCCCGCAGGCCCACCCAGCUGGAGCUUGCCAUGGACAUCAGGAUUGGAACCUUCCAACGCUACUCCUGCAGGGAAGGAGACAGGUUCAAGCAACAAGGGGAGCUGAAGAUGCUCCUGCAGCGAGAGCUCACGGAAGUCCUCUCGAUGAGUCCGGCCUGCCAGGAGGAUCCCGAGUUGGUUGAUAAGAUAAUGCAGGACCUGGAUGCCAAUAAGGACAACAAAGUGGAUUUUAAUGAAUUUGUGGUCAUGGUGGCAGCUCUGACAGUUGCUUGUAAUGAUUACUUUGUAGAACAAUUGAAGAAGAAAUGA